UUUCGCUCUUGGUCGAAGUCGGUCUUCUGCAGGAAAGGGCUUUCACUUUGGAACCACAAGGUCUGCCAUGCCCUGCGGCCACCACCCUCUGCAGGGAACAAGCCUAUUGGAGAGUCCACACAGCUGUCAUCUGGGAAGCCUAACUCAGUGCUGACUUCAUCAGUGGAGAAGGACUAGGGUAAAGAGCACCACCAUGAAGCAAGGACUGCCUGUCAAUGGGUCUUGGCCCACCCCUUCCCAAUCUGGUCCACCCCCUUCCGAAUCUAGCCCCUGAGCUCUGGGGAAGAGGUGGACACAGAAAGGCCUGAACCAGCAAAGGCGGAGUCAAAGCAAAAUGACAGCUACUCAGAAACACAACCUCUUCACUCCAGAACCCCACUACAUCCCUGGCUAUGCUGGUUUCUAUCCUCAACUGCGCUACCAGGUGGGGAACACCUAUGGCCGCACCACGGCGCAGUUGCUCACCGAUCCCAGCAUACAGAAGAGCCCCUGCUCUGUUCUGUCACCUAUGUCCAAGCCCAAGUUCAUCGAGGACUUCAGUAAAUCUAAGCCACCGUGGAUUCCCUGCAGGGACCUGACAACGCCUUACAUCCCCCACUAUACCAGUUUGAAACCCUACAAGAACUUUGAGAUCCUGGGCCAGCCCCCACGCCAGGAGGUGGACACCCAGGGGCCACGACAGGUAGAGAACAUAUCCAGACAAGUUUCACUGCCUGCAGACUUCAUGCCCUAUCCUCCCUACCCACCAUUCCCUCCAGGCAGAAAGGCGGAAGCUAGAGAACUGGGACAUCCAGGUCUAAUGUUGGCGUAUGGGGAAGAAGCCUGGAAGAACGCGGCACCUAUUCAGGAGAGCCCAGGGAGGUACCAGCUUUACCACUACAGGAGGGAUGAGUACCUGCCCUCACAUCCCCCGCAGGAGACACUAGAUGUGGGAAGGUACCAGCGACUACCCCAGCUGGACCACCCCAACCUAAUCCAACGCAAGGCCAUCUCAGGCUAUGCUGGCUUUGUCCCCCGGUUUGCCUGGGUGAUGGGGAUGAAUUAUCGUGAUGGAGUCACACAAGCUAUGGAUGAGUUUGACAAGAACCAGUUUACGUUCAGACACCCAGUCUGUGCUCUGGGUGAAAGGCUGCCCAGGAGCCACUGGCCAAACACCACCAUCUACCGGAACCAAGGCCUGAUUCCUUUCUACAUGGGCUUCAUCCCAUCCAUGCAGGACAACUACGCACUGACUUUUGGUAACAGCACCCGAAAAGCCUAUCAGAAGGAAAUGGAGAGGCGAAGCCACACACUAUGAAUUUCUUUAAUGGUGGUAUCUGUACAAAUGAUGUCAGGACAGA